UUUAUUACUCUGGAACCUUAAAUAGUACUUACCGAAUAAUCAAGCGUCUGGUGACUGUGAUGAAAAUAUUGACGUUUCUCAUAAAUUAAUGUGAAGUAAAAUUAAAAAGUUCAUUGCAACAUUAAUAAAAGUAAAGGUUAGCAUUAACAUAAAAGAUGACUUCAGAAGGUGCUUAUGAUAAAUUGGAAGAGACAGGCUCUCCAGGUGAUAAGGUGGAGUUACUAGACAAUGAUGGCAACAUACAGGAAAUGUCAGUCAAAGAUAGCCCCACCCACUCAGAUAGUGAUCCUCUCAAGAAACCAAAGAAGGUGCUUGAAGCCGGGAAAGCAGUGUUACAGGAUCAGAGUAGAGGGUUAAGAAUCAUUGUGAUUGGAGCAUUUGUUUUCUCAGUAGUUGUGACUAUAGCAUUGAUAUUGUCUAUCUAUCUUGGUCCUCCUCAGAUUGGUGCUAAUGCAGCAGUGUCAUGUGGUGUAAAACAAUGUUCCAAUGUUGGACUACAGAUGUUAGAGCAGGGAGGCAAUGCUGUAGAUGCUGCGGUUGCUGCUAUGUUUUGUAUGGGAGUGAUUAAUGCAGAAAGCUCGGGGCUAGGAGGGGGUGGUUUCAUGCUUGUUCAUGACCAUAAGAUAGAGAAAUCUGAAGUGUUUGACUUCAGGGAGACGGCCCCCGCUGGAGUGACACCAGCUAUGUACAAGGAUGAAUCAAAAAUGAAAAUGGGAGUGAUGGCAGUGGCUGUUCCAGGGGAACUCAAGGGUAUGGAAGAAGCUCACAAAACAUAUGGAAAGUUAGCUUGGAAAACUGUAGUCGCUCCAGCUGCUGAUAUUGCACGAAAUGGCUUCAAAAUGACCGGACAUACAGAAAUGGUGUUUAAGAGUCCAAAGUUUAGAAGAGAUGCAUUCAUGGAUUCAAAAUUAGCCAGGUAUUACAUACAGACGGACGGUUCAUUGAAACAGGAAGGGGAUGUAAUAAAAAGGCCCGAUCUGGCUGCUACGUUAGAUAAAAUAGCUUCCGAAGGCUCCAAUAUUUUCUAUCAUGGGAGUAUAGCUGAUGAUAUUGUCAAGGAGAUUGUUAAGGUAGAUACACCUGGAGUUUUAUCAAAUGAGGAUUUAGCAGGAUAUUCCGUAGAGAUUCGCGAAGUCGUCAGAACUAAAUACCAUGGGUAUACAGUAGAGUCUGUACCGGCACCAGGGAGUGGACCUGUUAUCUUGUCCAUAAUGAACUUCUUAGAGGGGUACUCUCUUAAAAACGAUAAUGAGACGUAUCACAGAAUACUAGAGGCGUUCAAGUUUGGUUAUGCUCAGAAAGAACUUCUAGGAGACCCAAAGUUCAACACAGCAAGUAUUGAUAAUGCUACGAAAGUGAUGAUAAGCAAAGAAGAAGCGACACGUCUGCGAAAUAAGACAAAAAAUAACGUCACAAUGGACGCUGAUUUCUACGGUAACCUUGUUGGAUUGCCUGCAGAUAAAGGGACUGCUCAUAUAUCUGUGAUAGAUACAGCCGAGCUUAUGGUCUCAGUUACUACAACAAUCAAUGACUGGUUUGGAAGUAUGAUAUUAACAGAAUCUGGUAUACUGCUUAACAAUGAAAUGGCUGACUUCAAUAAACCAGGGGAAGGAAGUGUGCUGAACAAAAUACAUCCAGGAAAGCGACCAAUGUCCAGUAUGUCUCCUACUGUAGUGUAUGAGACGGGACAUCUAUGUGGGCUACGUAUGGUGUGUGGUGCAGCUAAUGGUUCCAGAAUUAUAACAGGUAUUGCCCAAACAUUAUUGAACAAUUUGACCUUUGGAAUGACCUUGGAGAAAUCUGUGUCAUCACCAAGGAUACACAGUCAGCUGUACAAUCCUGAUGCUAAAGUUGUAGAAGUUGAAGAGGGUUUCUCGGCCAAGGUACUGGCUGGUCUGGCAAAGAUGGGACAUAAUAUACAGGUUACAGAUAAAGAACAGAGUGUUGUAAAUGCUGUAUUGAAGAUCAAAGAUGAGAUUGUAGCUGUCGCAGAUCCUAGAAAAAGUGGCUCCGGUUCAGCUUUGUUUAAAUGAUUUAGAUAUUUAUUUUUAUUUUUCAUUAAUUAUAAUAUUAUAGAUCUGUAGACGCACCUUUGUUGUAACAAACUUUACUGAUAUUUUGGAGCCAGGCCUGGCUUGGUGUUCAUUAAAAAAAGAUCGGGGUUAGGAUUAAAUGAUCCUAAUUUUAUUUACAUUGUUUUAUAAAAACUAAAUUUGAUCGUAUUUUGCUAGAAGCAAAUGGUUCAUAAACAAAAUUCAAGAAAUUGAUGAUUUGCAAAGAAACAACUAUAUUUUGUGAUAAAAUCGACAAGUAACAAAAUGAAUACAAAAAUAUUCAGAUCAAAAUAUAUAUAAGGAUCAAAUUUAGGAUCAGGAUCAAUAUUUUAAUCAACUGUAAAAUGCCCAAAUCUUGUAAAAUAACAAUAAAUUUAUUCUUAAAUAUCAUAAGCAUGCUAUUUCAAGUCCAAUUUGAUCAAAUUAACAUUAAAUAUUCAAUCUGUGAAGAUAAACAAUGGGGAAUAUUCUAGUUUUUAAAUUUGAUCCUGAUCAUCUUAAUGAAAUUAUCAAAAUUAGGAAUACGGUAGAUGUAAGACCAAGAUCAAUAUUUUGAUCUAGUUAUAAAAAACACCUAUACAAUUGUAUUGUUUAAUCGUCAUGAUUUAUUUGUAAAAUUUAAUCAUCAAAAUAUGCUAUUUGAGCCGUGUCAUGACAAAACCAACAUAAUGCGUUGCGACCAGCAUGGAUCCAGACCAGCCUGCGCAAUCUGAUCAGGAUCCAUGCUGUUCGCUUACGAACCAUAUAACAAGUAGAGAAACUGAUAACAAACAGAAUGGAUCCUGAUCAGACUGGGCAGAUGCGCAGGCUGGUCUGGAUCCAUGCUGGUGGCAAACCCAUUAUGUUGGUUUUGUCAUGACACGGCUGAAUUUUGAAAUUUAUUCUGAUCCUUAAAAUCUAUAUGAACAAGGGGCCAGUAGUUUAGAAAGUCAGGUCAGACUGUACAAAAGUACAAAAGGACUGGCCUGUUUCUGUCCUAUUGAUUAUUUUCAAGUAGUUGUUGUAGCUUAGUGUUCAUAUACAUAUAUCUCUAGAUUAUUUAAUUGCUUUGUCAUAAUACUUGAAGAUUUGCAGCAAAACUGUUGUAACUCCUUCUUUAUGUACUACGAGUUACAACAGUAUUGCUCCAACCCAAUAAUAUGACUUAGCAAGUUAUAUUUUCAUUUAGGUAAAUAUUAUUUAGUGUAUAUUUAUUGUUCUUGUUUAUUGUCGGUUACAUUCCAUUGUGAACUUAUGAAGUUUAUAUAAAUCAAUCCAAUGUUGUGAUCUCUACAUUUUGUAAUAUAUUAUAAUCUGUAUUGAUAUUGUACAAAACAUUCUGCAACUUUGAUUAUCUAUAAUAAUAUGAGCCACAUCACGACAAAACCAACAUA